UCAAAAUUUCUCUUUUGCCCCUAUCCACGAAAAGAAAAGAUCGUCGGGGAAUGCGCCGAUCUCCGGCGAUACUCGGACGAACCUCGCCGGAAACCGCCUCGUAAUCGCCAUUGCCACCUCCGAUGACCCACAAACGAGCCUCCGCCGCCGCCGCCGCUUGGGCGCUCCCUCUCCUCCUCGCCCUCUCCCUCCUCCGCCCCUCUUCCGACGAGGAAACCCUAACCCCGUCCCGGAACUACGUCGUCCGGUUCACGGACUACCGGCGCGCGGCGGAGCACCGCGCCUACCUGGAGGAGGAGCUCCGGGCGCCGCUGGGGGCGUGGCAAUGGAUCGAGCGGCGGAACCCCGCCGCGGCGUUCCCCACCGACUUCGGCGUCCUCGAGAUCCGGGACGUCGGCCGGAGGGCGGUGAUCGGGGAGAUCGAGCGGCUGGCGCGGGUGAAGGACGUGCACGUCGAUGCGACCUACUCCCGAAGCUUGUUCGCGGAGGGGAGUCGGAAUGGUGAUGGAGUCGCUUUGGGUGCCAAGAAGCGGCCGGGGAAGCUGCUUACGUCGAUGUCUUUCGAAGAGGGAGAAGAAGAAGGGAAGGAGAGGGGGCUUGGAUAUAGCCCAAUCAGCAAUUCUUCUAUUAGCUGGAGAAGAAAGCUUAUGCUUCAGAGAUCCCAGGUUACAUCUCUCUUUGGUGCUGAAAGACUCUGGGCAAAAGGAUUCACAGGUUCACAAGUCAAAAUGGCAAUCUUUGAUACUGGUAUUCGAGCAGAUCAUCCACAUUUUAGAAAUAUCAAGGAACGCACAAAUUGGACAAAUGAGGAUACUUUAAAUGAUAAUCUUGGUCAUGGCACGUUUGUAGCUGGAGUAAUUGCUGGUGAAGCUGCGGAAUGCCUCGGAUUUGCUCCAGACACUGAGAUAUAUGCUUUUCGAGUAUUUACUGAUGCUCAGGUAUCUUACACGUCAUGGUUCCUUGAUGCAUUUAAUUAUGCUAUAGCAACCAAUAUCGAUGUGUUGAAUUUGAGCAUUGGUGGACCUGAUUAUUUGGAUCUUCCCUUUGUGGAAAAGGUCUGGGAAAUCACAGCAAAUAAUAUUAUAAUGGUAUCAGCUAUAGGAAAUGAUGGGCCGCUUUAUGGCACAUUGAAUAAUCCAGCUGAUCAGAGUGAUGUAAUUGGCGUUGGUGGCAUUGAUUACAAUAAUCAUAUUGCUUCAUUCUCCUCGCGUGGCAUGACUACUUGGGAGAUACCUCAUGGAUAUGGUCGUAUUAAACCUGAUGUGGUUGCAUAUGGCCGUGACAUAAUGGGCUCUAAGAUCAGCACAGGCUGUAAGAGCCUUUCAGGCACUAGUGUUGCAAGCCCAGUGGUAGCAGGCGCGGUGUGCUUGCUUGUUAGUGUCAUUCCAAAAGAUAAGCGGAAAGCUCUUCUAAAUCCCGCGAGCAUGAAACAAGCCCUAGUCGAGGGCGCGACCAAACUCUCUGGGCCCAAUAUGUAUGAGCAAGGUGCCGGGAGACUCGACCUUUGGGAGUCUUAUGAAAUCCUGAAAAACUACCAACCUCGCGCCAGUAUCUUUCCUAGCAUCCUUGACUACACUGACUGCCCCUAUUCCUGGCCUUUCUGUCGCCAACCAUUAUACGCAGGAGCCAUGCCGGUUAUCUUCAAUGCUACAAUACUUAAUGGGAUGGGCGUGAUUGGCUAUGUGAAAGAUCCGCCUGCAUGGCACCCUUUUGAUGAGGUGGGCAAUCUCCUUAGCAUCCACUUCACCUACUCAGAUGUGAUAUGGCCUUGGACCGGCCACCUCGCUCUCCACAUGCAGAUCAAAGAUGAAGGUUCCCAGUUCUCAGGCGUUAUCGAGGGCAAUGUGACUCUUACUUUAUCUAGCCCUGCCCCUGCUGGAGAAAGAAACCUUAAUCCUAGAAUCAGCACAUGUGUAUUUUACUUAAAACUGAAGGUGAUCCCAACCCCUCCUCGAUCAAGAAGGGUUUUGUGGGAUCAGUAUCACAACAUAAAGUACCCACCGGGAUAUAUACCAAGAGAUUCACUCGAUGUUCGAAAUGAUAUUCUUGAUUGGCAUGGUGACCAUUUACACACGAACUUCCAUAUAAUGUUCAACAUGCUGACAGAUGCCGGAUAUUAUAUAGAGACUCUUGGGUCACCAUUCACAUGCUUUGAAGCUAGCCGUUAUGGUACUUUACUCAUGGUGGACCUCGAAGAGGAGUACUUUGCAGAAGAGAUUGGGAAGCUUAGGGACGAUGUUGUUAAUAAAGGUUUAGGGCUUGCAAUAUUUGCAGAGUGGUAUAAUGUGGAUUCCAUGGUGAAAAUGAGGUUCUUUGACGAUAAUACGAGGAGUUGGUGGACCCCGAUUACCGGAGGCGCGAACAUCCCUGCUCUUAAUGAUCUUUUGGCCCCCCUUGGUAUUGCUUUCGGGGACAAGAUUUUGAAUGGCGACUUUUCUAUUAAUGGUGAGCACAGUCAUUAUGCUUCUGGGACUGACAUAGUGAGAUUUCCUGGCGGAGGCUAUGUGCAUAGUUUCAAAUUCCAGGAUAACUCAGAAAGUGCUGCUGUACAGAACAGAGCGCAGAAUACUGGCACGACUAAGCUUUCUGCUAUUCUCGGGCUGGCAGAAGCAGGCAGGGGGCGGGUGGCCGUGUAUGGGGAUUCGAACUGCCUUGACAGCAGUCACAUGGUAACCAACUGCUAUUGGCUUCUUAGAAAGAUAUUGGAUUUCACUAACCGGAAUAUUAGGGAUCCAGUGCUAUUCUCGGAAUCUGCGAAAAUCAAGUACCCAAUUUAUGAGGAAGAAAGUCGGUCGCCCUUGCGUAGAACCGACGUGAACUUUUCACAGUAUUCCAAAGUAACGGGAAGAGAUUUGGUCUGCCACCAUGAUUCUAGGUUUGAGGUUUGGGGGACUAAAGGAUAUGGUAUUCAACUGAUGGGUAGAAGUAGGAAAUUACCGGGAUACCCUUCCAUGGAACUGGUUAGCGAUUCGAACAUCACGACGGAAUCAUCUGGCUCGAGAUUGGAUGUACUUACAAUGCAGAAGAGUGGCAGAAAUUCUAUUGGAGCCACCGCUCACAGAUUUGGAAAUAGCACAGAUUUUUUGACUUUUGUCAACCGUGAUGAGGUUGAUGUGCGAAUGUUAAUGGCAAGCCAAUGGAUUAUUCCUCUUUUUCUUGCUGUGACAUGUCUUCUGUUAUUUCUUAGCUGGGGAGUUAGACAGAAACGGCGGAAGCGAAGGAGAGGUUCGGUAUCAAGUCGCCUAACAAAUUUAGUGUCGCAAUAACUUAGCCGUAUAUUUGAGGGGGAAAAAAAUAGAAAGAGAUUCUUACCCUGUAUGCUACGGCACAAUCCAAUAGAGACCUUUGACCGCCUCUUGAGAAGUAAUUGGUGCUUAGUUACAGAAGAUUACAGGAUGAGGUGCCCUAAUUCUUUUGUCGCCUGCAGAGUUAUAAAAUUGAGAUCUUUGUUGUAACAUCAUUCAUCCAUGUUUUUCGAGGUCGGCUUUUUUUUCUCCAGCCAUUUAUUGGACAUUGUGUGUAAUCUGUAGCGAAUGAUAAAGUGCCCUAGAAGUCAGUUUGCGUGUAUGAUAGUGCUACGAAGUAUCAUUUCAAUUUUGUAAUUAACUGUAAUGGAUUGAGAAGAGACAAGAUUUUACAAAUAAAUUGGCCAUCAAGAGCAAGUAGCUGAUUCAGAUUUUA